AGCUAUCAAAAGCGAUACCGGACAAGACCGGCGGAGGAGGUGGUGGUGGUGGCGGCGGCGGAGAAGCAGCACCAGCAGCGGCAAAAGCAGCAGCAUCGUUUGUAGAAACGGCAUUGCCAAGCAAUAGCGGAACCGCGAAAGAGCAGGCCGAAAAAGAGCAAGUGGUGGUCUAACUCAUUACGAGAAAACUAGGGUAAGAUUAGUUUUGUCGGAGAAGAAGAUAACGUCGAAUGAAAACGAAUCGUUGUAUCUUCUUCUACUUCAAAUCAUGAGUUCUCGUCGGAAAAAUUAGCGCCGCCACCGCAUUGCUUCGGUGGUACAUGAUAAUGCAAACAACACAGUGAAUCAGCACGACGCUUUUAGCCAGUUCUGUAUUCAAAAUUGAAAAAUUACAAUUGAGUUGAGACGUCUGCCUGCAGAAUGUCAAUGUCUAUUUUGAUAGCAUAAGCAUAUAAUUAACACAUUCAUACAUACUAGAAUCCACUUACAUUCUUCAUAUUCGAAUCUACUCCAUGUUGAAUAGCAAUCAUUUAUGUACUAAUGGAAAGCACAGCACUCAUUGAGCCGAAAUUACUAUACAACCAGGCUGGUCUAGAUAGGAUUACAUACAUGCUAGCAAAAGGCAAUUCGUCUGAAAUUGAAUCAUAUAUAGGCCGUGCGUAGCACGUCGUGUUGCUAAUGCCUUAUUGGAAUUGAAAUCGUAUAUUCUAUCGAUGAGAUGAACAUGAAAGCUGACAUCUAUGUUCUUGAAAUAUUCGAUCUGUUACCGAUGAAUCGUGACCAUGAAUAUCAUGGCAUGCUUGUGUAUAGUCCUAUCUUCUUAAGCUACUCAGAGGUACUCGACAUACUAGUAGAACGCGCAAGAUCUUGGAUGAGGAUGAGCGGCUUCACCAGCCGAGGGCGUGCUGUAAUGUGCCGAGCAAGAACAUUAAAGAAUGCAAUAGUCCCCGUGAUCCACCUGUACAUAACAAGGGAAAGCAUUUCUUCUUCGUAUGGCCGUCCAAAAUACAGUCGUCUAAAAGGCAAAAAGAAUAUCGAUAUGUGACAAAAUAAAUUAAUGGACCACGACACGGAUGAAUCAAAAUGCAUGAGUGAAUGAACAAGCAGGCAUAAUGACAGAUCGAGUUUUCUUGUGUCUUGCUCGAGGUACGAGAUUGGUGCUCAAGUAAU